UGGCCUCCUUCCUUCCUUCGCCUUUGCUUCUCCGUUGAGACUGUUCCUCUUCCCUCCGCCCCCAUGUCCGGCCAUGACGGCUGCUGCUGCUAGCUGCCUCGCCCCGGUCUCUAGCCCUCCCUUCUCCCUUCCUCCCUGCGCGCUGCACGGCUGCUGCCAGCUCUAGAUAGAUAGACAGCUGUGGCCAUCUGCUCCUGCCGCUGAUCGACUGCACAGCAGCACAGAGGAGUGGAGAGAGAGAAAGCAAGAAGCCAGCAGGAGAGAGGAGAGAGAGGGAGGAGUGAUAGAGGAGAGAAAGAAAGAAUCUGCAAUUGCUUUCCAGUCAUUGAGCACCCAGUUUCCCCCCUCGUUUUGUCCCCUGCGCCUCCUUGAUUCCUGUGUUGCUUGCUGUUCCUCGUUAUUCCCUGGGAGCUGCCUGCCUCGAUCUGCCUGGCCUCCUGGGAGCGAGCCCUCGUCUCAUCACAUACCCCCUUGUCCGGCCGGCGGCUUGCCCCCAUCCCCCAUCCUCCUCCAUUCUCGAUGAAUUAUUGCUACUCGCUCGCUUCUCCAGUUUCAGAAGAAGCAUAGAAUCCAUGGCUAGAUAGCGUUAUAUAUAUACAAGUGCAAGGGCAAGAUCAGGCAAAGCUAGCCCCAUUCAGCUUGGGUUCUGCUCACUUAUGUGUUCAUCACCACCGCCACCACCAGACAGGAUCAAGCGGAAGCCGCGGAUCAGGAGAGCAGCAGCAUGUCCAGCUCCAACCUCACCUCCUCCGCCUCCGGCGGGCCCAACGCGCCGCCGGCUGCCGGCAACAAGCGCAAGCGGAGCCUCCCAGGAAACCCCGACCCCGACGCGGAGGUGGUGGCGCUGUCGCCGGCGACGCUGAUGGCGACGAACCGGUUCGUGUGCGAGAUCUGCGGCAAGGGGUUCCAGCGGGACCAGAACCUGCAGCUGCACCGGCGCGGCCACAACCUGCCGUGGAAGCUCAAGCAGCGGGGCACCGGCAAGGAGGCGCAGCGGAAGAAGGUGUACGUGUGCCCGGAGGCCUCCUGCGUCCACCACGACCCCGCCCGCGCGCUCGGCGACCUCACCGGCAUCAAGAAGCACUUCUUCCGCAAGCACGGCGAGAAGAAGUGGAAGUGCGACAAGUGCUCCAAGAAGUACGCCGUCCACUCCGACUGGAAGGCGCACUCCAAGAUCUGCGGCACCAGGGAGUACAAGUGCGACUGUGGCACCAUCUUCUCCAGGCGGGACAGCUUCAUCACGCACCGCGCCUUCUGCGACGCGCUCACCGAGGAGAGUGCCAAGGCCAUCGGCCUCGGCGCCAUGGCAGCCGCCGCGCCGGCGCACCACCACCCGCUGCUCUACUCCCCUCCGCCGCCGGUGAUGCAGCACCAGGUCCAGGACCUCGCCGCGCUCCAGGAGAACCAUCACCACCACCAGGAGGUCAUGCAGCCGCCGCCAGCGCAGCAGCAGCAUCACUGCAACUACGCCAUGAAGACGGAGAUGCCGCCGUGGCCGUCGAUGGCAUACGACCACCACGCCCACCCGCUGCUGCAGCCGCUCUGCAACGCCGCCGCCGCAGCCGCGCAGAGCUCGGCCACGUCCGCGCCGCCGCCGCCGCCGCCGCCCGCCGCGUCGGCGCACCUGUCGGCCACGGCGCUGCUGCAGAAGGCGGCGCAGAUGGGCGCCACCAUCGGUGGAGCGGGCGCGGGCGCGCACUACACCCAGAUGGCGGGCCCCGCGGCGAGCGCGCCCGGCAGCGCCACCUUCGGGCUCGGCCUCCCUGGCCUGAGCGCGCAGCAGCAGCCGGUGGACGGCGUCAUGGGCAGCCUCGCGAGAACCGCCUCCCACGGCCGCAGCGGCGAGGACGGCGGCGGCGGCGGCGGGGGAGGCGACGGCAUGACGAGGGACUUCCUUGGCCUACGCGCCUUCUCCCACGGCGACAUCCUCGGCCUCGCCGGCUUCGAUUCCUCGUGCCUGGGCGCCGUCGCCGCCAACGCCAACAUGACCUGCUACGAGCCGCAGCAACAGGCGCAGGCGCAGGCGCAGCAGCAGCAGCAAAGCAGCAACGAGCCAUGGCACGGCAUGGGCAGCCAUAGCUAAGCUCCCUCACUAGCUUAGGCUACCAUGCCAGCAAGCUGCUUUCUUCUUCCUCUCACCAGUCGUCAUCAGUCACCAUCCUCUCGUUUCUGAUUGCAGCUGCAGUGCAGAGCCGUAAGCUUAGUUAGGGCCAGCGCACCAUGCCUUUUGAGUCGGGUAAGAUCAUCUUUUGCUUCUGUUCACGGUGUCAUCUCAUGAUCUUGCAACUUGAUCAUGCAAUGCAAGCGAUGAUCAACCUUCCAUACUCUGGAUGGACGACGACAUGCAGCACAGCAGCACGCAGGGAAUCUGUAAUUCUUUUGGGUUUUUUGGGGUGGUUGGGGAGAAGAGAUCGAUGAUCAACUGUAAACUAAGCUCGAAUCAAGGGAAAACCAUAGCUAUGUGACAGUAAUAAUACAUGCAUCCAUCUCCCA